GCCUAGCCCCUCACCAGCGAAGAAGACGGCAUCACGGCAGACGGCUCAUGGAUCUUCGGUUUCGAUUAACCUAGUUAGAAGAAAGAAAAAAGCUUCAAACUUUUGUAUGCUUUUGAAUCUAUUCUAUAACCAAUAAGAUGAAGGAAGAAGAAGUGAAUCGAUGUCAGAUUCAGGACUGGUACCCGAAAUUUAAAUCUGUAUCCAUUAAAACCCUGAUUCAUGAACUUCCAGAAUCCUUUGUUGACUAUCUUCGUGAUGACCAUGGGCCAUUCCUUCUUCCUGUUUCCAUCACAAAUGAAGAUGCUCUUCCCAAUAGAAUCCAUAAUCCUGAAGAGGAAGAAGACUAUCAAGUAUUGGAAGGCUCUGGAGAUGAAGCAGAACAGCCUCCAUCACCCCCUUCUUUCCCAGAACUUGAAUUGAAGAUUAAAGAAUCAAUUGAACUCCUUGGCGGUGCUGUCUUCCCUAAGUUGAAUUGGAGUGCACCAAAGGACUCUGCUUGGAUUAGCACAACUGGGACUCUCCGGUGCACCUCCUUCAGUGAGAUUGCACUUUUGUUACGAGCAUCUGAUUCAUUAAUCCAUGAUUUGUGCCAUGCAUAUGACUCAUGUAUUGAUAAAUCCUUGUCAAGACCUGCCAAUUUCUACCUUGCCCUACGCAAAUGGUAUCCCUCCCUGCGACCAGAGAUGGAAUUCCGUUGUUUUGUACGGGAUGGGCGUCUAGUUGGAAUUUCCCAACGUGAGGUCACUGGAUUUUAUCCUGGUCUUCUUGAAAAGAAAAACGAUCUUGAAGUGGUAAUAAGGCAAUUCUUUUUAGAUAAAGUGAGUCCAAGUUUUGAAUUAGCAAAUUACACAUUUGAUGUUUAUGUUAAAAAGGAUGAUCGGGUUAAGCUUGUGGAUUUCAACCCUUGGGGUGCAUUCACACUGCCAUUGUUGUUCACAUGGGAAGAGUUGGAGCAGAAGUGUGGGGAAGAGGAAGAUGAGGAUGUUGUGGAAUUUAGAAUUGUAGAGAGCCACUGUGCAGUUCGGCCCGGGUUGAAGACUGCUGUUCCCUAUGAUUACUUGGAUGUUAGCCCUGGCAGUGGUUGGGAUCAAUUUUUGAGGAAUGCUGACCAGGAGUUGCAGCGGCAGACCAGAUCCCCAGAAGCAGGUGGUUAACAUUUCAAUUUGCAGGUUCGUAUUGCAGUCCUCCCGCACCCCACUAAAACACAGUAUUUUUAUGUAUUUUGUUUUUAGAUGGUAGGUGAAACAUUUGAUAUAGGUGUUUCAUUUGUGAUGUGCAAAAUCUUAUAUUAUGAUAUAUUUUAUGUUCAGCUCAACUUUGCUUAUCCAGUUUUUUCUUAUUACUGGUUUAUUUAAUGGGUGUUUCCUCUUGAUCAA